GGUGCGGGCCGGGGAGGCGGCGGUAGCGGCCCUGAGGUGUCCAACCUUCCCCUUUCUCCUCCACCUCCUUCGGUUCCUGUCGCCGGUUGGGGCCCGGCCCGUCGCCAUGGACUCCCAGAAAGAAGCUCUACAAAGGAUCAUUUCAACUCUGGCAAAUAAAAAUGAUGAAAUUCAAAACUUUAUUGAUACAUUAAAUCACACACUAAAAGGAGUUCAGGAAAAUUCUUCUAACAUACUUUCCGAGUUAGAUGAAGAAUUUGAUAGUUUGUAUUCUAUAUUGGAUGAUGUAAAAGAAAGUAUGAUUAACACUAUCAAGCAGGAACAAACUCGUAAAUCACAUGAGUUACAGAAUCAGCUAAGUCAGUGUAAUAAUGCCCUGGAGAACUCAGAAGAGCUACUAGAAUAUGCAACAAGGUCAUUAGAGAUAAAAGAACCAGAAGCAUUUUCAAAGGCUGCCAGACAGAUCAAGGAUAGAGUCACAAUGGCUUCAGCCUUUCGCCUUUCUUUGAAACCAAAGGUCAGUGACAACAUGACUCAUUUAAUGGUGGAUUUCUCUCAGGAAAGACAGAUGCUGCAAACUUUGAAGUUUUUGCCAGUCCCCAAAGCUCCAGAGAUUGAUCCAGUAGAUUGUUUGGUGGCUGACAAUGCUGUAACAGUAGUUUGGAGAAUGCCAGAAGAAGAUAGUAAAAUUGACCAUUUCAUACUAGAGUAUCGGAAAACUAAUUUUGAUGGACUUCCACGUGUAAAGGAUGAACGAUGUUGGGAGAUGGUUGAUCAUAUUAAAGGCACUGAAUAUACAUUAUCAGGCUUAAAAUUUGAUUCAAAGUACAUGAAUUUCAGAGUGAGAGCUUGUAACAAGGCUGUAGCUGGAGACUAUUCUGACCCAGUGACCCUAGAGACCAAAGCACUUAACUUCAGUUUGGAUAACUCAUCAUCCCAUUUGAACCUGAAAGUUGAAGAUACCUGUGUAGAGUGGGAUCCUACUGGAGGCAAAGGUCAAGAAAGUAAAAUUAAAGGAAAAGAAAACAAGGGCAGUGUCCAUGUCACUUCACUGAAGAAACAUACAAGAAGUGGUACACCAUCUCCCAAACGAACAUCCAUAGGCUCCAGGCCACCAUCAGUAAGAAGCAGCAGAGACCGUUUUACUGGGGAAUCAUACACAGUUUUAGGGGACACGGCUAUUGAAAGUGGACAGCAUUAUUGGGAAGUCAAGGCGCAGAAAGAUUGCAAAUCCUACAGUGUGGGAGUAGCAUACAAAACUUUGGGAAAGUUUGAUCAGCUGGGAAAGACAAACACUAGCUGGUGUAUCCAUGUCAACAACUGGCUACAAAACACAUUUGCAGCAAAACAUAAUAAUAAAGUCAAAGCUUUGGAUGUUUCUGUUCCUGAAAAAAUAGGUGUAUUUUGUGAUUUUGAUGGGGGUCAGCUUUCUUUUUAUGAUGCAAACUCAAAACAGUUGCUGUAUUCCUUUAAGACAAAAUUUACUCAGCCAGUACUACCUGGUUUCAUGGUUUGGUGUGGUGGACUUUCUUUGAGUACUGGGAUGCAGGUUCCAAGUGCUGUGAGAACACUUCAGAAAAGUGAAAAUGGAAUGACUGGCUCAGCUAGCAGCCUGAACAAUGCUACUCAGUAAUGCCUACUCAGAAUAUGUUUACCCUUGUUUUGAUUGGGUGGCCUUUUCUGUGCAGUAACUAAUCACAGGAAGUUGUGAUGGAAUUCAGGUUUACUAUGUCCUGCUUUAAGGCCUGGAAUCUCUUAGCUUAAGCAUCUAGAACAAAGCAUUCACAGUUACCUGCUGUGAAAUAUAGAGACAAGCAGUUGUCCAGCAAGACCAAUGUCUUGAAUAGUAAAUGGGGAAAAGGCAGUGUUUAAGUAUUUAUUAGGAAAUUCAUUUUUGUGGUUCUUAUUACUUUGGCUCUUCUGAUGGGUUUUAUUAUAUAUUGUGACCCUAGGACCUGGGCUGCAAAGCUUUUAAAUCUUGCCCUCUUUCCUCUCACGUUCUUGUUUCUAUCAUAUCCUGUUACUUAGCUCAUACACUGAAGCUUUCAAAAUACACAGUCCCCCAACAUAAAAUGGAAAUGGAAAUCAUUUCAUAAAAAUGGAAAUCAUUCCUUAGGGAUGGCGGAAAUGUUUUCUUAUAAUGGUUUAUUUUCCACUUUUUUUAUAAGUAAGUUGAGUUUUCUAAAUUAACUUGUUUAUUGAUUGCAUAUCAUUUUUCUUUCCAGUAUAUUGUGAUACUUCUCUUGUGUUUAUAACUCAAAGUGGAGUGGAUAAGGGAGCAUUUAUGUAAAAAGCUUACGAUCACCCAGAUUCCUGUUUUAUACCUUCUAUACUAAACAAUAGCAGAGGGAUAUUUUUUUUACAUUUUACUGUUUAUAUUUCUUUUCUGUCCAGUACCAAAUUUGGAUGAUGAGUAAAGUUUUAAAAACCUGUGUUUUCAGAUUUUGUUAUCUAAUUUAAUUCUACUUUUAAUCAUUAUCCUUGAUAUUUAAAUUGGGCACUAGUUAUAAUUGUAACUGAUUUUUAGCAGUUAAAGAAUGCCUUUGUAAAAGUUAAAAUUACAUAAAAGAUACCCAACUAAGGAAGAAUAGGUUAUAAAAGGAGGUGCCUAAAAUAUUCUUUACUGAAGGAAUUUUAAAUUUUCAUUUUAAUUAGAUAUGAAGUUUAAAAACUUGAAAAAUACAUAUCUCUGCCUUGUCACGAGCUUUUCACGAGCUUUUUCUGUUAUUUUGUUAUAGUCAUUUGCUUUCUAGAGGCUUAUUAUACUUGUUCCAAAAAUCAGUGUAGACAUUUUCUGCAAACUUGAAGGGGAAUAUGUUAAACAAUGAGUAAAAGUUGGGAUUAUUAGGCAGAAAAAAAAAACUUUCUAAAAAGCCAAAAAAUUUCAGUAACAAUUAUAACUUGUUAAACUUAAUUUCUCCUUUUAAGUUUCUUUCAUUCUUGUUUUUUUAAAUCUCCUGGCACCUUCCCCCAAGAAGUGACUGGCUGCUUACAUUUGAGUGGCUUUAUACAUAGGCUUGUGUAAUAGUUUAUUCCCUCUAAACAUUUCCUGCUUACUGGUAGAUCAUUUUGUUCUACUGAUGGAACAUAUGUGACCUAGGGAAUUGUUUAUUUCCAGAAGACAAAUAGCUGCAUUGUCUGAUGACAUCUUGGUAACUUUAAAGACUAUAAAGCAGUUUAGAAAAAAUAAGUUGGUUAAUAGAUAGUCUUUGGUUCUCCAAACAAAUACUUUGUUUUUGUUUCUUAUGUUUUGAAAGAAAUAUUUAGAUGUUCUGCUUCCUUUAAAAGGGUUAUUCCAGGACCUUAGGAAACAAGAGUUAAUUUCCUUUCCAUAGGUUCAAACCUAAAAGCAGUAAUUUAGUGGAAAUGCUUUAUGCAAGUAGCUACAUGGUAUAUUUUAGCAAAAUGACACUAAAAAGCCAGAUGUUCUUGUACAGAAGUUUAUACUGUUAUGUCUUACAUAAUUGUGUCUUUUCAUUAAGCCAGUGCCUUUUCCUCUAAGCAUGCUCCUUGUUCCAUGUCCAGUAUCAACUGAUAGUUAAUCCAGACAGCAUGACAUGGUAGUGGUGAGGGCCUUCUGUUGAAGGGGCAUGGGGAAAGGAAAUUCUAAUCAGGGGCUGGAGGAGUGUGUAUAAUUUCUAUCUAGUACUCAUGCCACCAUUUGAGAGUUUUCAUACAAAGUUUUCUAAUAUUAAUUUGAAAAAUAUAUUAACUUCACUAGGAAAAAGCUUUGUAGUAAUAAAUACAAAUUCCAUAAAUCCAGAGUCCAAAUUUCCAUCACAGGUCAUACCUAGUAUUGAAUGAUAUGAACAUUAGGACAGACUAGGAAUUUGAGGGGUUUCUGCUCUCUGCUUCUUCCUAAAGGUAUCUUAAAGGACAGCUGUAUGGUAUUUUUGUUUUAAAAAUUUGUUAAUCUAAAAAAAAAAAUUUUGUUAAUCUAUUUGUUAAGCUAAUCAGAGGAAGUUUUUUACCCUCAUUUUCAAGCUAAAAAUAAUAAAAUAUAGUGCCUAUUUUAAAUAGUUUCAAAGUAAGGUAACUAUUAACUUGAUCAUGUUAGAUGACAUUUUCAUUAAUAUUUACAUUAAAAAAUAUUGAGCUCCUUUGCUCAAUUUAAUGCAUUGUGGAAAGUUAAUACACCCUUCUAAAUCUUAUUGCUUUAUUUACCCUUUUUUUGUGGGGAGGGGGUAAUGUCAAACAUGAUUGCUUCCUGUAAAGGGAAAUGCAUGAGAGGUUGACUAGUGGAUAUAACACAGGUGUAAAAAAUUAUGUUUCAUGAAACAUGUAUUGAGUAUUACAUUUCCUUUUUAGCAAGUGAAUUCCAAACCAGUCUUUUAAAACUGUAUAUAGAAAUGAAGGAGCUGCCUUAAGCACUUUAGAAAAGAAUUUACAAUUCAUUUUAACCUUUCAGCUGACUAUGUCACAUGCAUCAUUGACUUUUGCUCAGUAUGUGUAGAUCAAGCAUUUAAUCACUAAUGCACAUAGGAAAACUGACUUGUUGAAUGUUUCAGGCAUAGGUAAAUGAAUUAAAAGUAUUAUAUGUGUGUUUGUAUAUGGGUUUAACUGAUGGCAUCUGUAUUAUUUUGACCAUGAAUUACUGUUAUACAGCUAAACUUGGCCUACUUGCUCUGUUUCACAAAUAGUACUUUCCCCAUGUGAUAUAAAGAGAAGCAUUGGCUUGAACUUAUUUAUUCAUUUAUGAAAUCAGGGCACCAACAAUAUGUAUAUUUUUGAAUUUUGGGCGCUGGCCAUUGGUGGUAUAAACAUUUGUGAUAAAAGCUUUUAAUUAGGCUAAUAUAUUCUAUUUCAUUACUUACCUAAAAUGAUUAGUUUUUCUCUGCAUAUUUUCCCAUAAAUUAUUUAUAUAUUUUAGUUAUUUCCUUCAAAAAAAUUGGAAAAGUUGCAAAAAGGUUGUAUAUGUAAAAUGAAUAUUCCAAAGAGUAUUAAUAUUAAGACAGUAUAGACUUUCUACUAUGAAAUGUAUGAUUCUAGAAUAAAAAAACCAUAACUUUCCAAAUCAUAAUUCAUUUUUACAGCAUAUUUGUUAGAUGGGUAUGUGUUUAUUGUCUAAUUCAUAUGACAAAUACUUUAGUUUUGUGGUAUGGCAUUCAGGAUUAGGUUAUUUUGUAUUCACAUUUCCAAAACUAAUAAAGUUUAUUAUACACCUCAUUCUGCUUUUAGGUCAUGGUAGAAAUUGUAUGACUGUUUUCAGUUAGAAACUUUUUUUUUUUUGGCCAGUCCUGGGCCU